AUGAAAGUUCAUGGGAACGAUUUAGAGCUAAUAACAAGUAUUCUAUCUGAAAAUCCGCUAAUUCAUAGGCCAGAUAUUGUGUUUGGAAAGUUAAGCGAUGGCCUAGAUUAUUGCAUUUUUAACAGUGAAUCACAAAAAAACAGUUUUCAUUUAAAUCUUGUUUUAAAUGUAGGUAGUAUUCAUGAAGAAGAGUCCGAAAAAGGAAUUGCGAAUUUUGUUCAGCAAUUGAUUUUGACCGAAUUAAAUCGAGAAUUAUUAAAAAUUCGCACUGAACAUGUAACAAACAUUACAUCAUCAACCGAUUUUCACUGCACAAUUUUCAAUAUAUAUAAUGAAAUCGAAAAUAGCCAACUUAAUGACUCGGAAUUGAGAGCAACAUUUUUUGAUGCACUAGAGAUAUUUUUGCUCACUAUUUACAAAUUUCGAGAAAAGUUAUCUUCAUCUUCUAGUUUAUUCACAGAAAAAAUAGAAGAAAUUAAAAAUAAGGUUUUUGAUGCCAUUGAGGAAUCUAAUAAUUCCAUAGCAAAUUAUAUUGAAAAGCAGAUUUUCUCUCAAUUUCAUAGGAAUACUCUUCUUCCUAAGAGAUGGCCGAUCGGAGAAAAAUCAAGUAUUGAAAACAUUACUGUUUCUGGAUUAUUAAAGUUUAUCGACAGAUGGUACCUGCCAAAUAAUAUGUGCAUGUUUGUUGUAGGAGAUAUUCCUGCUUCUAAUGAACUUUUAGUAACCCAUUUAUCUAGUUUUGUUGCUGGGAUAAAUAUUUCGAGUCUAGAUGAACGAAUUUCUGGUUUGAAGAGUAUAAAUGAAACUUCUAGUUUCCACAAUAUUUUUUGUGUUAGGGAUCGUAUUGGGCACAAAACUAUUCACGAUAAACUAAACAUUAUGGAUGAACUUAGAGACUCAGACUUUCGUAGAGAAGUUAUUGUUCAGCACCCAAACAUUGAUCAGAUAUCAAUUUCAAUUGGAUUAAAGCUAGAUAUUUGCCCACUAAUAGAUGAAGGCGAAAUAUUUAUGAAUGCGGUUGAUACAAUAAUAUCUAAUACAAUCCAUACUAAAUUGCUGAAUGCUUUAUCUAAAUUGGAGUGUGAAGAAUCAACGUCUAUUUCUUGGGAUUUUUAUAAUUCGUCUCGUGAAAAUUGUGGUUGGAAUACAUUUUCUAUUGUUGCUAAUGAGAAAGAUUGGAAAACCGCUUUUCGGUUAGGUAUACAACAAAUUUUAUCUAUUUGUAACACAAAAAUGCCUAUAGAAGAGUUUGAAGAAAUAGUACUAAUUACUAUAUCUGAUUACAAAAAAUCAGCGGAAGAAGAAUCAAGUGAUGACCCUAAGCUGGUUCUGGACGGUUUAGUUGACGAUUGGCUAUGCGGAAGCAUUCCACUAAGCAAAAAGCAAGAGUAUCAACUAUUUUGUAAGGUUGUAGAUCGAAUAAAUCCUUUAAUUAUUCAAUACAGAUGCAGAGCUUUAUUUGGCCAUAUACUCAACUACUUUGAAAAACAAUAUAAAUUUAAUGAAGGACUUUCUUUUAAAGGUUGCAUUUUUGUAAGUAAACCGCUAGAUAACUUUAGUCAAAAUUCAGACUUUGAUCAGGAAAACUCAAUUAACAUGUCAAAUAACAUGCAAAAAAAUCAGGAAACUGAAUCAAACUUUAUUAAGUCGCUUCUUGAGGAAUAUAAAAGUUGUAUUGACGAAAAACGUGAGUCCUCGGUUGAAUUAGUUCAUGAUUACUCCCAAGACCAAGCAAUUUUUGAAAAGAAUGGUUUUGAAAUUGAAAGGAUGUCUGAAAACUUUGAAUUCGGAAUCUUGGAUGCGCUUAAGGCAUCUACAUAUAUUUCUAUCGAUAAAAUUUUUGAUUCCAUGAGGACUAACUUUUCUUUGUUUAUUGGUAAUUUAAUGAAUCCAAAUGAAAGCAUUGAAAAUUUAAAUGGUAAUUAUUCUAUAAAGGAACUCGACUCACUUGCUGAAAGAAUCAAACUUAAUCCAAAUAAUAUUCAAAACCAUUCAAACGAGCAAAAAAACCUUGAUUUACCAAAUGAUAUUUGUGAUUUAGGUCCAUGA